AGAGGAGAAGUGUUGCUGUUUAAAGUAUUGUUUACUCAGGAACAUUUACUGUAUUAGGGAGCGGGUUCAGUAACCUGUAGGACAUUGAUCUUCAGCAUUAGGAUUUAUUUAGGAUGUUUUUAUGAGGCAAACUAAAGUUUGUGGUGAUCUGGAAUGAUGAACAGCGUAUCCCUGCUUUUGACCAUUCUGCUUCCAUUAGCGUCUGGUUUAGAGCUGUCAGGACUGUUCGGGAGCUUCACCUCGCCAAAUUUCCCAAACGUCUAUCCAAACAACCAGCGUGUGGUGUGGAAUAUCACAGGACCGGAGGGACACAGAUUGCGCCUUUAUUUCACUUAUUUUAGCUUGGAGCCUUCUCAUCGCUGUGAAUAUGACUACCUUCAGAUGUUCUCUGAACCAAAUAAGACAGUCCGGUUCUGUGGUGAGACCCAGAAAGAAUAUAGCGAUGCACCUCAGAAGAAUACUGUCAUCUAUUCAGAUACCAACACCGUGUCUGUGGUCUUCAGGUCAGAUUAUUCCAAUGAGGAUCGAUUCACCGGAUUUCAGGCAUUUUAUUCAGCAGAAGAUAUUAAUGAGUGCUUGAACACAGUGGAUGGAGAGCCAAUGUGUGACCAUCAUUGCCAUAAUUAUGUUGGGGGCUUUUACUGCACUUGCAGACUGGGAUAUGAACUCCAUGCUGAUAAGAGACACUGCACUGUUGAGUGUAGUGGGCAGGUGUUUCGUGAUCGGUCAGGAGAACUGAGCAGUCCGGAGUACCCAGGUGUUUACCCCAAGAUGAGCCACUGUGAUUACACCAUCAGUCUGAUGGACGGCUUCCAAGUGACCCUGGACUUCCAGAACCCAUUUGAUGUGGAAACACAUCCUGAAGUCCCCUGCCCCUAUGACAUCCUCACGAUAACUGCAGGUAGAAGAGAGUACGGCCCGUUUUGUGGUAGGACCCCGCCGGAAAAAAUUGUGACGGGGACAAACAAAGUGCGCGUGACUUUCCGAUCGGAUGGUUCUGGGAAAAAUAAAGGAUGGAGGAUCAAGUAUACCAGCACGGCCAAGCCUUGUCCAAACCCUGUGGCUCCUAAACACGGCCAUAUUUGGCCUCAGCAACCUCAGUAUAUCAUGACAGACACUUUCAAUGUCACGUGUGAUCGGGGCUAUGAGUUAAAUCUGGGGGAGGAAAGUUUGGCCUUUUAUGAAGCCACAUGCCUCAAGGGAGGAUUUUGGAACGGACCGAUGCCUGAAUGCAUCAUAAUGAAUUGUGGAGAGCCUGAUAAAAUUUAUAACGGAAGUGUGAAAUUCACCUCAACAACAUAUGAAUCAAAGAUUCUGUAUUCUUGCGAUGAAUUCUACACACUGGAGACCGAAACAAACGGAGUGUAUACCUGUGCACAUGAUGGCUACUGGAGAGAUUCCCUGGGUAGAAAAACACUCCCGAAAUGUUCACCCAUUUGUGGAAAGUCCAAGGACAAACUAUCCAGGGUGAUUGGUGGUAAGGACGCUGAGAAAAAUGACAUCCCUUGGCAGGCCAUGAUACUGGUAGGCAACAGGUUCAUAGGCGGUGCUUCUCUCGUGUCAGACGACUGGGCUCUUACUGCUGCUCAUGUCCUGCAAAGCUACGAAGGCGCUACCAACCUAAAGCUGAAGAUGGGCAUAGUCAAAUAUCAGGACACGGAGGCGAUAGUUGGCAUUCCAGAGAAAAUCUUUAUACACCCUGGGUACCAUCACGACAACAUUAACUUCAAUAAUGACAUUGCCCUGAUUAAACUGGAGUAUAAGGUACCGGUCAGUGAAGCCGUAAUGCCUGUGUGUUUACCUGGAAGGGAAGAACGCUUUCUUUUGAAGGCUGAUGACUCUGGGAAGGUUUCUGGGUGGGGUGUAAGGAAGCCGAACGUACGUGGAAUACAUUCCAGUCUUCUCCAGUAUGCGCAUUUACCCGUUGCUGAUUUUAAGCAGUGUAAGGCCAAAUAUGAUUCUACGGUGACGGAUAAAGGGAAACUAAUAGUGACGGAGAAUAUGAUCUGUGCUGGGUUUGCUCAGGGAGGAACAGACUCCUGCGAGGGGGACAGUGGGGGGCCCUAUGUGUUUUUUGAUAACCACCGUAAAAGCUGGUUUAUAGGUGGUAUUGUGUCGUGGGGUUAUGGCUGUGCUCAACCUGGAUAUUAUGGGGUUUAUACCAAAGUAAGCAAUUACCUUAACUGGAUUAAUGAAGUCAUGUCAAAAAACAGUUAAAUUCCAAAUAUUUCACUUGGAUUCGGAGCUGAUACUUAUUUGAGCAAAUUACAGAUACUUACUGUUACCAUGACAACGCAUUAUGUUACAUUCUGUAAGACAUUUUCUAAGCAGAUUUAAGAGUAGAAAUUGCUGUCAACUGCUAACUCAUUAUAUUAAAGAUGGGAUGAUAUAUUAAAAAUAA